AUGAACUCUGUCUCCAGCUCAGUAUUAUCGCGCGCGACACUCCGUCGCUCGGCCUUCACCUUACGCGCGCCUGCUCGCGCCCCGCGUUUCCAGCCGCUGCGACCAAAAUUUAUUAGCCCCAUUCUUGUCAGAGGCGCAGCAUCGUCUGUUUCCGGCCGCCCUGGGUCGCAAACUGUUGCACACGCGGCUACCAAUGUCAAAGAAGAGCUCGGAAACUCAGCAAGCGAUGUCGCAAGGACGAUUGCAGGUGCUAAUAUGACCAGCGACGCAGUAGCGCCGACGCAACAGACUUUCCUCGGAGUGACGUCUGCUGUUGCCAAGUCAGUGCCAAAAGAUUACAUCGCCUUCGGCCUCGCAGGUGGAAUCCCGUAUAUUCUAGCAUCCGGAACCACGGUGUAUCUUGCUCGCCAAGCUGGGCUUGCCGCGCUGGGCUUAGGGUCGAACGUGGACCCAGGAGUUGCCCUGACCAUUUUGGACCAGGCGAUGAACAUCCAAGUGACGUACGGCGCCGUCAUGCUCUCCUUCCUUGGGGCCUUGCAUUGGGGCAUGGAGUUCGCCGGCUAUGGGGGCCACCAAGGUUGGAAGAGGUUGGCAUUGGGCGCCGCGCCAGUCCUGUAUGCUUGGCCGACGCUCGCACUUGAGCCCACUACUGCCUUGAUCACACAGUGGGUGGGCUUUACGGGCUUGUGGUAUGCCGAUCUUCAGGCGACGAACGCUGGAUGGACGCCCCAGUGGUACUCUCAGUAUCGGUUCUACCUUUCGAUCCUCGUCGGCACCUGCAUCAUUGGUUCACUGGCCGGUACUUCCUAUUGGGGUCCCGCGCCCGGUCAUGGACUUCUGACUGCCGAGCUCACCGCCAUCCGUGAGGAGAGGGACAAGGCGCACUUCGAGAACUCCGGCAAGAUCGGUGGGGACGUCGAGGCGAUUCCUGCUGGAGAGCGAGACGACGCGUACGUGAAGAUUCAGAAGAAGAAGUCACCUGAGGAGGAAGGCAAGGACGAGAACAAAGGUGAUGAACAAAAGUGAUGACGUUAUCGCGCGACUGGAUGCCAGAUCGGAUUCAACACCAUGUUUUUGUACUAUAAUCAGCCUACUUGUACAACGUAACUCCCGAGCAAUGCC